AGAGCAUAAAACAGGAAAACAUGGUCAAGAAGAAUCAGGAGCUCCAAGAGAAGCUUGACGAAGCUCUGGAAAAACUGGAAGAAAUCCACCAAGAAGAGAAGCAACAGUCCACACAGCAGAGAGACCUGCAGAGCAAACUCCAAGCCAUGGAGGAAAAAUACAAAGCGCUGCAGGUGAAACGUGAUAAAACUCUGCACAAAAGUCAACAGUUGCUUCAAGACAAGAAGCAAAUGGAAAUGAAACAGAAAGAAAUGGACUCCAAGCUUGACGAGAUGGAGGAAAAACACAGAUUGCUCCAAAUCAAGCUUGAGAAAACAGUGCACAAAAACAAAGAGUUCAUUCAAGAGAGAGAGCAACAAGAAAUGCUCGAGAAAGAAACAGACUCCAAGCUUGAAGUCUUGGAGGAAAAACUGAAAAUGCUGCAAAUAACUCAUGAGGAAACACUGCUCAAAAAUAAAGAGAUGCUUCAUGAGAAAGACCAACAGAAAAUACAAAAGGAAGAAAUGGAUUGCAAGCUGAGGAACAUCGAGAAACAAAAUGAAGGCUUGCAAGUAAUGCUUGAUGAAGCUCUGGAGAGAAAUAAAGAGUUUCUUCACAAGAAAGACCAACAGAAAAUACAAAAGGAAGAAAUGGACUGCAAGCUGAGGUACAUCAAGAAACAGAAUGAAGGCUUGCAAGUAAUGCUUGAUGAAGCUCUGGAGAGAAAUAAAGAGUUUCUUCACAAGAUAGACCAACAGAAAAUACAAAAGGAAGAAAUGGAUUGCAAGCUGAGGAACAUCGAGAAGCAAAAUGAAGGCUUGCAAGUAAUGCUUGAAGAAGCUCUGGAGAGAAAUAAGGAGAUCCUCCAAGACAAGAAACAAGAGCCCGUAGAGCAGAGAGACCUGCAGAGCAAACUCCAAGCCAUGGAGGAAAAAUACAAAGCUCUGCAGGUGAAGCAUGACAAAACUCUGCGCAAAAGUCAACAGUUGCUUCAAGACAAGAAGCAAAUGGAAAUGAAACAGAAAGAAAUGGACUCCAAGCUUGACGAGAUGGAGGAAAAACACAGAUUGCUUCAAGUCAGGCUCGAUAAAAAAGUGCACAGAAAUAAAGAGUUCGUUCAAGAGAGAGAGCAACAAGGAAUGCUCGAGAAAGAAACGGACCGCAAGUUUGAAGUCUUGGAGGAAAAAUGCAAAAUGCUCCAAAUAACUCUUGAGGAAACACUGCUCAAAAAUAAAGAGUUGCUUCACGAGAAAGACCAACAGAAAAUACAAAAGGAAGAAAUGGAUUGCAAGCUGAGGAACAUCGAGAAACAAAAUGAAGGCUUGCAAGUAAUACUCGAUGAAGCUCUAGAGAAAAAUAAAGAGAUCCUCCAAGACAAGAAACAAGAGCCCGUAGAGCAGAGAGACCUGCAGAGCAAACUCCAAGCCAUGGAGGAAAAAUACAAAGCUCUGCAGGUGAAGCAUGACAAACUCUGCACAAAAGUCAACAGUUGCUUCAAGACAAGAAGCAAAUGGAAAUGAAAC